AUGGCAGAUCAAGAAGAAUUUAUUGAACAAGAUGAAAUCAUUGAAGAGCAAGUACUUGAUGAUCAGGAUAACGGACCAAUUCCAAUGGACGAUGAUGAUGAUAAUGCUGAAGUGGAGGAUGAAGUUGAGGAUGAAGCAAGUAUAAAUGAAACAAACAACGAAGAGAUGGUCGAAUUAGUAGAUGAUUCUGUGCAAGGAUUCUUCGGUCAUAAAGAUUCUGUAUAUGCAGUUGAUAUACAUCCAAUUGAUCAAAAUAUUAUUGUGUCUGGUGGUGGUGAUGAAAAAAGUUUUCUGUGGAGAUCGGAUACUGGAGAACAAAUAUGUGAACUUUCAGGCCACUCGGACACAGUCCAGUCUGUAUUAUUUAGUAAAGAUGGGCAAUAUGUAGCAAGCGGUGGUAUGGAUGGUAAAGUUUUUGUGUGGAAAGUUGAUAAUAGAGAGCUCAUCGCAUCGUUAGAAGGUCCUGAUGAAGUUGUGUGGUUGGAUUGGCAUCCUAAAGGCACAAUUCUCCUAGCAGGCGCAAACGAUGGAACAAUGUGGAUGUGGCAAAUUCCAUCUGGCAAUUGCAUGAAUGUUUUUUCCGGACAUGCAGGUCCAGUAACUGCGGGUCAAUUCACACCCGAUGGUAAAAAAAUCGUCUCUGGGUCAGAAGAUUCCUCUUUAAUAUUAUGGGAUCCAAAAACUGCAGCGGCUUCUUUAAAAAUUUCAAGGGAAGAUGCACGAUUUCAUAGAGAAGGAAUUACUUCACUUGCGAUAAAUAAAGAAAGUGCAUUGAUUCUUACUGGGUCUACAGACGGUUCCGCUAUACUUGUAAACUUAUCUAAUGGAGCGGACGCAAUUAUUAAACUUCAGUGGCAUCUAGAUUCUCCGUUAUUGACAACUUGUUCAGCGGAUCGGACGGUUCGAUUGUGGGAUGGUCGAACUGGUAAUAAUGAAAAAACUUGGCAUGGACAUCAAGAUUCUAUAUUAGGGUUUGCGCUUUCAAAGUAUGAAUCAAAUAUCCGUUUAAUUUUUAUGGAGCUG